UGACCGAUGUUCUGCAGCCACAGAAGCGCAGCAGCAGCUACAACAUCCUGCCACCGAACAUGUCUGAGAUGUUGGUUGUUCUUCUGGGGAACAGCUGGUCUGACAGGAGUUCUGCUGGAAACCUCAUACUGGGAGAGAACAAGUUCAACACUGAGGAACAACCAGACUUUGUGACAGUCAGAGGACGACUGAAGGACAAAGAAAUAGUUCUGAUCAACACUCCAGAUCUGCUGAGUCCACACAUCUCUGAAGACAAACUAAGAGAACAUGUAGAACUCUGUGUGAGACUCUCUGAUCCUGGACCUCAUGUGUUCCUGCUGGUUCUACAGCCUGAAGACUUCACUGAGGAACACAGACUGAGGCUCUGCAGAGUCCUGAAGCAAUUCAGUCAUCAAUCAUUUGAUCGAUCACUGGUUCUGAUAUCAGCAUCCAGACAGGUGAGCUCAUUUGACAACUUCCUGAACCAGCCGUCCUUCAGAGACCUGAUCAUAGAGUGCAGAUACAGAUACUUGUUUCAGAAGAACCUGGAAUGUUCAGAGCUGCUGACACGUCUGGGUCAAAUCGUAAAAGAGAACGACAGAGAACUUCUGAGCUGUGAUGAAUCUGAAGACGCUG